AUGAAAUCAAUUAAAACAGCGUUAAUUUUGUGUUUUUGCCUUUUGGCAACUAGCGCUGAUGUUCGCAAUGCUCGUAUUGUAGAAGGAGAAAUAUCUUUGGAGGGUCAGUUUUCCUUUGCUGUUGCUUUCUUCUAUCAAAAAGCAGGUGUUACAAAUCAGUGCGGUGGUUCUCUCAUAAACGAGAGAUGGAUUUUAACAGCUGCCCAUUGUGUCUAUGAAUCAGAGUCGUUUAGCAUUUAUUUAGGUACAAAUGACUUGCAAAAUCUUGGUUCCAAAGGGAUGGUAAUAAACGCCACAACUUACAUAGCACAUCCAGAAUAUAAUAGUGUCACUCUUGCAAACAAUUUGGGACUUAUUCAGUUACCAAAAUUGGUUACAUUUAAUGAUCGUAUUCAAUCAAUUCAGUUACCUUCAAAAACACUCAAUACCGGUGAAAAUGCCAUUGUUGUUGGCUGGGGAGCAACAAAAGAUGCCGAUCCUUUACCGAUACCUUCAAAUAUACUUUCUCAUGUUGCGUUGACCACAAUUUCUAACACCGCAUGUAUGAGAGUGUAUGGAUCCAUAAUUAGAGAUACCAUGGUUUGUGCUAGUGGUCAAGGAAAUCACGGAAUUUGUCGCGGUGACAGUGGAGGUGGAUUGGUCCAAACCGACGCUGACGGAAACUAUGUUCAUGUAGCUGUGGCAAGUUUUUAUGGAAGGGAAUGUGAAAAUAAUUAUCCGUCCGGGUUUACAAGAACUUAUGAAUACUUGGACUGGAUUAAAAAUGUGACAAGUAGUCAAACAGAAGACGAUAAUGAUAAUAAUUCAGCUUCAUCUGAUUCAAACUUGUUACUAAUAAUAACUUUUACAACUAUUGUAUCUUUGAAGUUAAAUCAGUAGAAAUAAUUUAGAAAACAUUAUGUUUAUUUUUUUUAUUAGAGCUUAACAUAAGUUGAUUUUUUUAUAGAGGAUAAAGAUAACUUUAAUAAAUUUAAUAAUCCGGUGAUCUGUGUAAGGGUGAAAGAGAUAUAAAUUUUAACGUGUAUUAAAAAAAACAAUUUUUUAAGUACAAUAAAAUUUUUAUAUUUUA